AUGCGGGUGCACUCACCAUCACCAAUUCCUGUAGAGGAGCUUGAUCAACCACCUGUUUUUGAGGGCGAUAUUUUUGGUACAUAUGAGGAAGGUGAUCUAGAGUGGCCAGAUAAUAAGAAUGAUUCCAGUGACAAGGAAGAGGGCACUUACAAUGAAGAAUGGGAGCCUCCUAUACCAGACACUGGCCACAAUCAGGGAUGGGAGCCUGCCGAACAUGGUAACGAUGGUGAUGAUGCUGAUGCUGAAGUAUUAUUAGAUGAUCAAGAAGCUCGUCAACAGAUAGAGCAACAUAUCACACAAGACAGCGAGGAUUUUGUUAUCAUCCCAUAUCCAGAUGCCCAGGCAGGCAAACCAAUACCUGGACAGCCUACUCAUGGUGCAAAUACCACAUACAGUAUUGAUGCUGGCAGUGCUGCCAAUGUCUAUGCUCCCUUUGCCUCCCAGAUGGAUUGGGACAUUGUUAAAUGGGCAAAGCUACGUGGUGCAAGUUCAACAGCUUUUACUGACUUACUCGAAAUUGAUGGGCUUAGCGAACACCUUGGCCUUUCAUACAGGAAUUCGAAAGAGUUAAACAAGAUGAUCGACAAGGACCUCCCUGGUCGACCAAAGUUCUUGCAUGAACAAAUUAUUGUCGCUGGCGAAGCAUUCAAUGUCUUUUACAGAGACAUCAUCAAAUGCAUCAAAGCUUUGUAUAGUGACCCCGACUUCGCUGAUUUUCUUGUAUUUGCACCGGAGCAUCACUAUGCCGAUGAAGAUCAGACUAUACGGUUAUUCCAUGAUAUGCACACUGGCCAGUGGUGGUGGGAUACACAGGUAAGCACAGUAUUAAAACCAUCACGUUGCACUCAUAUCCUCCUAGCAUAUCUACCGACUACCCGCCUUGAGCAUAUCACCAAUAAAGCCUCGAGACAUUGUACCAUCGCAAACCUCUACCACGCAUGUAUGAGUUGUGUACUGGCCCCUCUCAACACUGCUGGUAAUGACAGGCUUGUGAUGAGCAGUGGUGAUGGUGUAUGUCAUUGUUGUCAUCCUUUAUUCACAUGUUUUGUUGGCAACUAUCCCAAGCAAUUACUUGCUACUGGAGUGAAAGCAAUGGAGUGCCCCAAGUGCGAUAUCCCCACUGACAAAUUUGAAAGCAAUACGACACCAUUCAAUAUAUAUGAUCUUCACACUGUGUUGGAUGCUCUUGCCGUGAUUGAUGAAGGUGAUUUGGCAUUUGUACAGGCAUGUCGUGCAGCUGCAAUCAAACCGAUUAUCCAUCCGUUCUGGGAGGACCUGCCUUACACAAAUAUUUAUCAGGCAAUCAUGCCUGACAUGCUACACCAGCUAUAUCAAGGUCUUAUCAAACAUUUACUUGGAUGGCUCGCGCAAGCAUGCGGAGCGGCGGAGACCGAUGCACAAUGUCGUCGGUUGCCUCCCAAUCACCACAUUCGAUUGUUCAUAAAGGGUAUCACCAGUCUCACUCGCCUCAGUGGUACCAAGCAUAGUCAAGUAUGCCACUUCCUCCUCGGCAUCAUCAUUGACAUCCGACUCCUUGGAAAUCUCACUUCAUCUCGCUUCCUAAAAGCUGUAUGUGGGUUUCUCAACUUUCUUUACCUCACACAGUACCCAUGCCAUAGCUCUGAAACAUUACUCUUAUUGGAUGAAGCUCUCACUCUCUUUCACGACAACAAGGAGAUAUUUGUCGACCUCAGAAUCCGAAACAACUCCAACCUUCCGAAGCUUCAUGCAGUGCAUCAUUACACAUCUAUGAUUCGGAUUUUUGGAAUGACAGACAACUAUAAUACGGAGUAUACAGAAAGGCUACAUAUUGAUCUCGCUAAGGAUGCCUAUCAUGCAACUAAUCACAAGGACAAAUUUACUAAGAUGAUGCAAUUGCUGGAGCAGAAGGAAAAGAUUCUUCAUCACGAGCAGUACAUAAAGUGGCAUCUUGAUGGAGAUCAUGCUCCUCAUCAAGCACGUCCACCUGACCUGUGCUUUAACCACACACAAAAAAUGACCAAGCAUCCAAGUGCUAAAGCUGUAUUGAUUCAAACAUUGAUCACAGACUAUGGCACAACUUACUUCCGAGAGGCAUUCGCUUGGUACAUCGUUCAACAACAGAAUCCUGAUAAUGCUAUGACUCGGCAGCGCCUUGAAAACCUCGCUGCAGGUAUCCAUGUACCAUGUCAGUCUGUUCCUGUCUAUCACAAGAUAGAGUGGACAUCGACCGAUGCUCAAGGACAUGGUGACCCACUUGUCACAGUGGAUAGCAUACAUGCUAAACCACACCGCACUGCUCUCCAAGUGAAUGCCAUGGCACCAGCACAUUUCGAUACAGCACUUAUUAAUGAUGGUACCGUCAGUGAUAAUGUUAUCGCAGGCUUACAUGUUGGUCAAAUUCACAUCAUUUUCUCAAUUCCAGCAGUGACAACUCAGCUGUUAUUCCCUCCCACACACCAACCUCCCAAGCACCUUGCAUAUGUUGAAUGGUUUACUCCAUUCCCUGUAACACCGGAUCCGAGGCACGGCAUGUACAAAAUUAGUCAUGUCAUCAAGUCUGGUGAGAGAGUUGCAAGUAUCAUUCCCAUUUCAAAUAUUGUCCACAGUAUCCAUCUCAUCCCAAAGUUCAGAGCCGUUACACCACGGCACUGGACAAGUCACAAUGUUCUCGAAGAAUGUCAUACCUUCUUUGUCAACUGCUACAUUGAUAGACAUACUUUUGUAACUCUUAGAUAA